AUGAGUGCACGAGUACGAGAAGUGGUGAGGGAAGAGCAAAAAACAGAAGGCGCCGAUUAUGACGCUGUGUUUACGGAAAUGAUCACUGUCCGAAUAAGAAACACGGAGGAGUUGCUAUUCCGAUUUUUACACAAAAUUGCAUAUUCGGAAAGAGAUCGUCUCCCAAAUACUGGAACGAUUCUGAAAAUAAGUGCUGUGUUGCUUCGGGAAGAUUUUCUAAAAUCAUUGUAUGUUUGCUGCUUGCAAUUGGUACUUUUCACAUACGAAAGCGUCCGUGAAUUCCCGUGGAGUCUAAAUGUGAUGCGGCUAUCAGCAAUUCAUUUCUACAAGCUUAUUGAACUUGUUAUUCGAUCAGAUGUGAGCUUGUCACGUGAAAUGGUCAAACAUCUCAACAAGGUACUUUUUGGACGAUUUCACUCCCUUCCUUGA